AUGAGUGACAGUAAAGAGCAAUCGGAGGUUCCACAGAAUGUCAUACCGCAUCCUCAACCGAUCGAUUAUUUUUAUGGAGUUGCGAUCACAGGGUACUCCCCUUAUCCUUGGACAAUCGUUCGAGACUUCUUCUACAAACGACUCGAUUGGCAGAGUGAUCGUGAAGGAAUAUCGAUUGACAUGAACGCGGGAUCUCCACUGAAGAUUUCUCAUGAUUUCAUUCUGGCCAAAGCUCAUGAGUUCAAAGAGCCCCCGUUCACAUGGAGAAGAAUUUGCGAGUUGAUGUCGUCAUGUCUCACUCAGUAUACCAAAGCACACAAGUACUUUCGCGCUUUGGAAAAGGUUUUGAACGUG